GCGAGCGCGCGAGUAGGGCCGGAGCCCGCCUGGGAGCCCGUGGAACCCAGCGCAGCGAGCGGAGCGUCUUGGGCGGCGGCGGCGCGCGCGAUGGCUCCGGCCGCGGACCGUGAGGGCUACUGGGGCCACACGACCUCCACGCUGGACUGGUGCGAGGAGAACUACGCGGUGACUUGGUACAUCGCCGAGUUCUGGAAUACAGUGAGUAACCUGAUUAUGAUUAUACCUCCGAUUUUUGGUGCAGUUCAAAGUGUUAGAGAUGGACUGGAAAAGCGGUACAUCGCUUCUUAUUUAGCGCUCACAGUGGUAGGCAUGGGAUCCUGGUGCUUCCACAUGACUCUGAAAUAUGAAAUGCAGCUAUUGGAUGAACUCCCAAUGAUUUACAGCUGUUGUAUGUUUGUGUACUGCAUGUUUGAAUGUUUCAAGAUCAAGAGCUCAGUAAACUACCACCUGCUUUUUACCUUAGGUCUAUUCAGUUUAAUAGUAACCACAGUUUACCUUAAGGUAAAGGAGCCUGUAUUCCAUCAGGUCAUGUAUGGAAUGUUGGUCUUCACAUUAGUACUCCGAUCUAUUUAUAUUGUUACAUGGGUUUACCCGUGGCUUAGAGGACUGGGUUAUACAUCCUUGGGUAUAUUUUUACUUGGAUUUUUAUUAUGGAACGUAGAUAACAUCUUUUGUGAUUCACUGAGGGACUUUCGAAAGAAGGUGCCACCUAUCGUAGGUGUGACCACCCAGUUUCAUGCAUGGUGGCAUAUUCUGACUGGCCUUGGUUCAUAUCUUCACAUCCUUUUCAGUGUAUAUACAAGAACACUUUACCUGAGAUGCAGGCCAAAAGUGAAGUUUCUCUUCGGAAUCUGGCCAGUGAUCCUGUUGGAGCCUGUCAGGAAGCACAGAUAAAUUAUUCCACCAAGAAAACAAAAACAUACCUGCCGUAGGCCUGGUCAAAGGAAUGAGGAGAUCCUUAAAGAUCUACGUGUUCAAAUACAUCACGACCAUCACAGCCGAGGAGCGACUCUCUGACUGGUGCUGCCAGCCACACAGAGAAUGAGGAAUGGGGCUCACUGGAUGCUUAGCCUACGUCAUUAUCUCCUUUGUCCUCCUCAUCCUCACCCUAAGAUGUUAAAAAGAAACAGACGUGAUAUGUCUGUGUAUACUUGAAUGCUAGAAAAAUUGGGCUUUUCUUUAACAGGUUAACAGUUUGUGCUGAUCAUAGGAAAUUUACUAUUUCCUCUUUUUUUGACAAGGGUUGCAUGUAAAUUAUACUUUCUAAUAUUUGGUUAAAUAAUGAAAUCACUAUAUUGGCAACACCCGUCUCCAGAAGACCAGCUAUGAGCUAGUACUUAGCCGUGUCAGCCUUGAUUUGUAUUUUUGUCCAAGUAACCUCAUGACAGUUGGUUUUCCAAGGUUGUUUUGUUUUGUUUUGUUUUGUUUAAAGAGCUAUCAGUGGGAUUCUGGUAGUUUUUUACCGUCUGCCUCUGUGCUAAUCAGAGGGUGUCAUAAGCAAGCUCAGACCUGCCACUGGGUUGUCACAUCCUUGCUCUGGCUUGUCUGUGGGUGGCCACAGCCAAUCAGAGCAGGAGGGUCAUCUUACAGCCUUUAUGAAGGCGAUGAGGACACCUAUGCAGAAUGCAGUGUCUGCAGACAUUGAAGGUGGUUGUUCUGUUUCCUUUGAUCUUUGCAGAUCUCCGAGUCGUUACUGUUUUUAUGG